AUGAGUGAUAACGUAGUUCUUUUCCACACCAGGGACUACCGUGGGGCCACGGUUGAAGAUCUAGACAUAGCCCCUGCUGUUUCAAUCAACCCCAGCACUUCAUUAGAUCAGGCAUUAGAGAUCUCGUUUGAAAAUGAAUUCACCUUUUUACCAGUUAUUCAUGAGUCUAAUAAGAGAUUAUUGGGUAUUUUAAAUAUCGAAUCGUUGAAAAAGGAUCCAUCCAAGUAUAAGAGAAGUUUUUUAAAGCCAGUGGCAGUUAAUUAUAUGCUUUGGUUCCACCAAAAAUCAAGAGAGAAUUAUGAACGUGAGCAACAGGAAGUCAACAAUCAAGGAACAACCAAGACUUCAUUAAAUACUACAAUGCUUAAACCAAAAUCACCUAAGGGGAAGAAAUAUUCUGUCAUCACACCUAUGACUCCAUUAGAAGAAUUAGCCAGAUUUUUUAAUCAAGGUAAUUACUUUGCUAUAAUAACAAAUGAUAAAGGAAAUUUUGUCUACGGAGUUGCAACUCCUGAAGAUUUGAUCAGGUAUGAAAAGUCAAGACCAAGAUUGUGA